GACUAAUUUAUUUAUUUAGUAGGCGGCUAACUUUUAAUCGCUUCAUUUACAAGUCUCUCGGGCUCGCGAGUCAGUUAUAAUUAUAAGUAGACUGUAACUGUAAGCAGUGCUGAGUUAUCUUUAUUAACUGAAUAGGCUACUUUAAAUUUUUGUCACAAACUAAUAAAAAUAAUGGUAAGCCAAAAUAAUAAUAAUUAACUACUGCUAUUGUUGAGUAGCUCAUAGAGUAGGCUACUUAACAAAUAAAUAAAUCAUCAAGCCCUCACAAAAGAGUGUUAGCCUAAUUUGAAAGUUGGCUAGUAUUACUAGUAAUAAAAAUAUCAGUAUGUUGUGUUCUGUGUAUGGUUACACUUCUUGCCGUUGCUUAAAGUUUUAGACUAAAGACUUAAAAGUUACUUAGAUGACUACUUUAGUACCCAAGUAGUAGGCAUACCUACUCAUAACUAUAGGCCUACUCACUCAACUUUACUUGUUUAUCUUAUAUUCUAAAACUAAAGUGCCUACUAAAGGCUUAGACUUAGAGUCUAGUAGCUUAAUCAUGCCAAGACCUAGCCUCAGAGGCGUAGCGAGGGUGUUUGGCGCCCAGGGACAAGAUUCGCGCCCGGGGGACAAGAUCAAUUUUAAAGCGCCCCCUUUUCUUUUUUUAAACCCUCCAACCCAUUAUUUUUACCAAUAAUAUAAUUAUCAAAGCACAUUUCGGCGCCCCUAACUAGCUUGCGCCCGGGGACAUCUGUCCCCCCCUGCCCCCUCCUCGCUACGCCUCUGCCUAGCCUAAUGACUAGAUAGACUUUAGAGUAGUCUUGAGCUUACCUUGUCUCAGUACUCAUGUCUUGAAUGAGUACAAUAGACAUAGAAAAUUCAAAUUAUUAUUAUAGCCUGAUAAAAAUAGGCCUAAACUUUAUCUGUUACUUCAAUUGUAAAUCAGUAUUGAUCAAUGAUUGAGUCUCUGUUAAUUAUUAAUAGCUUUUGCAUAGCUGAUCGCUUAAUUUUCUUUUUUUUUCUAUUACAAUACUGUGGAGCUUCCUCAUGGCUCAUGGUCCAAAGUAUUAGUAUUAUUAUUCAUCACUUAGGUAUUUGGUCAAUUAUUUAUAUUUGUUUUUGGAUUAGUUAGAAAUAUUCAUUGUAAUUAUAAUAUUAAUAUAGCAUAUACUAAUAUAGGAACGACUUUAACCUCUACUUAUGAGACACCCCAAUUACAUUUAAAUUUGAAGACAACUUACCUCAAGUUCAGCCAGAAUACACUACAGGUAAAAUUAAGAUGAUGCUUGAUUUAGUCUUUGAUUUUAGUUAGUAUAGCCUAAUCAUAUGUAGUUUCAAGUCGAGAUAAUGACUGACAAAUUAUAAAAGGAGCCUAAUGCAGAUCCUACUGCAAGGAUUUAGCUCUGCAAUUCAGAGGCAUUUGAUGUUUCAAAUAAUAAUUGAUAUUCUGAAUAAAUUUAUGUUAUGUGUUAAAGUUGUUCUUUAAGAUUUAAUGUCUUUGGUUUCAAAUUGUCCUUUUUGUAAGGAAGAGCCCAUAAUUUAACUGUAUUAAAUAAAUUAUUAUAAAUACUACUAGUUAAGUUAAAAUGUAUCUUAAAAAGGGCAACUCAAAUUCUAUAUUAAUUUAAUACCAUUCAUUUGUCUCACCUUAAGAAACUUUAUUAAUGAAUUUCUCUCCCAGUGAACAAGUCAGUCCUCAAAAAUGCUACUUACAAUGAUAGCAAGAGUAGCUGAUGGACUUCCACUUUCAGCUUCAGUUCAGGAGGAUGAACAGGUAGAUACUUUAACUUUCUAAAAGUUUUGGUAGCUUAAGUAUUUAGGUUUGGCGCCCAGGGACAAGAUUCGCGCCCGGGGGACAAGAUCAAUUUUAAAGCGCCCCCUUAUCUUUUUUUAAACCCUCCAACCCAUUAUUUUUACCAAUAAUAUAAUUAUCAAAGUCUAUCUAGUCAUUAGGUCAAAUUGUUAUUUCCUUUUAGUUGUUUUAGAGUGUAUAGUAAAAAUUAUAUUUAGGUCUACUCAUCAUUUUAAUGUUCAAAUAUUAUUAUAUAUGCAUUAUUAUACGUAAAUUGAAAUUUUAAAAGAUUUGUUAUACUGAGUAUAAAUUUGAAAAUAGUUUUUUGUUUUUGUUUUUUUUUGUGUGUCAUUUUUUUUUUUCAUUUCAAUUCGAGAAACACUAAUGAAUGUGUAAAAUUGUAUACACCACCUCAAAUAUUAUUAUUUUUAGUCUGGUCGCAACUUAAUGGAAUAUCAGACACAAGCCAAACAGCUGUUUCGAAAACUAUCACAAGAUCCCAAUCCUCCAGCAAAAUGUACUCUUGAGACUACACAUUACUUUUUCCAGUGAGUUUUUAAAAAAAUUAAAUUCUGUCAUGUACCUUCUAAAACCAUUUGUAAUGAAAUUUUAAGCCUCAAAAACUUAUUUGUAAGCAAUGUUUUGGUCUGAUCCAUCUUUGAAUUACUCCUUUAAAAUAUAUUUGUAAAGUAAAGCUUGUUAGUAGAAAGUAAAUGUGUGACAGGUUUCUAGACAUAAAAAUUAGCUGUUAAAUGUUAUAACAUUCAGCUGUCAUACUUUGUGUAAUGGUUUUCAAAUUGUUAUUUCCACUUCAAGGUUCUACUGCUUAUGAAUAGAAAAUAUUUAUCACAUGGUCAAUAUGUCACUGUUUAACUAAAUGUUUGGUUAGGGACCCUGAAAUGAAUGAUAGUCAAAAGAUAAAGCUUGGUUCCAGAGGCGUAGCGAUGGUGUUUGGCGCCCGGGGACAAGAUCCAUUUUAAAGCACCCCUUUUUCUUUUUUUCAACUCUCAAGCCCAUUAUUUUAAUCAAUAAAAUAAUAUCAAAGCACAUUUUGGCGCCCCUAACUAGCUGGCGCCCCUAACUAGCUGGCGCCCUGGGACAUCUGUCCCCCCCUGCCACCCCCUCGCUACACCUCUGCUUGGAUCUAAAGGGGUAUUUGUCAUUUUAAUCAUGCCUAGAAAUGUUGUGAAGUAUAUUUAUUCUGUGCUUACACUAUAUCCCCAGUUACAUGAUAGAGAGAGGAGUGUGUUAUCUAGUACUAUGUGAGAAAUCAUUUUCUAAAAGACUGGCCUUCUCAUACCUUGAGGAUUUACAGAAUGAGUUCACAGCCCAGUAUGGCUCUAAGCUAGAUACAGUAUCACGUCCCUAUUCAUUUAUUGAGUUUGGUAAGAGUAAUGGAAAAAAAAAUCAAGAUUUGAAAUUAUAAAAACUAAUGUUGAACAUAUUAUCUCCUAAGAUUGAUUAAAUGAGCAGGAGCCGACCUCCUCUUUGCUAUGUUUUAUUUUUAUAUGACUGGUUAUAAAACAUAGUGUAUUUAACAUUUUAUUUAACAAAGUUUGUCAGUUCUUCAAAACAACCAGUUUUUAGAUUUGAAUUCACUUAAAAUAAAUGAGUUUAGUCAGUUUUUGCGUCUCUCCUCUUGAUAUUAAUUAACAAUUCAAGUUAACUUGAUGGUCACCAGACUUUAACUCUUAUCUUCAGUAUCUCUGGCUCAAUGUUUCCCAAAGAAGUGGGAUUUACGUUGCCAGUGUCCACAACUUGAGCUAGUAUUAAAAUUUAAUGUAAAUAAUAUUUAAUAUAUGGCACUUUCAGAUUGAUUGAUUGUGGAUUUAAGUAUUUUAGGGCAUUUCUAAGGUCAAAUAGAAAUAUACGAAUAAUUAAUUUGGCACCGUUCUCUGGUUCAGUGGGAAACUUAUCCACAAGGCGGCAAGACUGAACAAGUUUGGGAAACAGUGCUCUAGCUCAUUAGUUAUUAAUUUAUCUCCAAAUAAUUUGUAUACAAAUAUAUUAUAAUUUGAUGUCUGAAAUUUUAUAAAUUAAACAUGUUUUUAUCUACAGACACCUACAUGCAAAAGGCACGUAAAUCUUAUAUGGACUCAAGAGCACGACGCAAUCUAGGUCAAAUUAACACUGAGCUACAAGAUGUACAAAGGAUUAUGGUACAGAACAUUGAUGAGGUCCUGAUGAGAGGGGAAGCAUUAUCAGGUACAUUUUUAUAGGCUGGAUGUAAAACAGCUUUAGGUUAACAUUAUAUUUAUUCAUUACUAGAAAUAGUCCACAAUCUACUAAAGUAACUUGACAAAACAUGGAUUCAAGUUUAUAAAAAUUCCAAUUAAUGCUAAUUUCUGGGAAUUUUAUUCGAUUAAAUUUAUUUCUAAAAAAAUACUCAACAUUAAAGAGUUUAUAUAUUUACAUAUAUGCCUCAAUGUAUUUAUUUUGCCAGACUUAAUUUGAUUCCAUUUCUGGUUUUAAAAAAAAUCUCAGUAUCAAUGUUUUUCCGAAUCCCAUUUAGAAAUAGUUAUUGUAUCUGGCCUGGUUAAUGAACACACAUCUACACACUGUUUAGUGCACUUUUUUUUGGGGGGGUGGGGGGGGUGUAUUUUUGCCCAAUUGAACAGAGCAUCACAGACAUACAUAAAUAUGUACAUACAUACAUACCUAGAAAAUUAUUUGUGAUUUUAAAGCCAAAGAAAAAGCCUGAUAAUGAUGUGUUCAGUUUUAGAACAUCAGGUUAUUAGUCUUAUUAUUAGUAUGUCAUAUGUCAAUGUGUUUACUUGUGGAUGAUCAGAUCAGACUUAAUGUAUGUGUUUCACUGGUGUUAACCACGUUACUAUCAUUUAAUGAGUAUAAAUAACAUGUCUGUGCAUUUUCUCAGUGCUGGACACCAAGGCAAGCAACCUGUCCAGCCAGUCCCAGAAAUACAAGAAAGAUGCCAGAUACCUGAACCUUAGAUCCUCGUACCUGAAGAUUGCUGCAGUCAUUAUUUUAGUUGUUCUCUUUCUGCUCUUCCUGAGGUACUGGAUCUUGUGAGGACUCAACCAAAACAUGUUGAUAGACUUGGUCUGUAAGGCAGUGCUGCACACUUGCAGAUAAAUAACAGGAUUCUAGUGUAUGGGUAAUAUGUGGUUUGAUGAAGAUAGACGCCUACUGCAAAUUUUUUACCUAAACAGCAAUGCAUAACUUUAGUUUGAUUUAUUGGCAAAAAAAAGGAAAUAGCUCAUAAACUUUAAAGUUUAAAAUUAAGCAUUUUUGGCAAUGAUAUAUAUGUGUGUGAGUGUGUUUGAAUUACAGCUGGGGUACACAGGUACGUCUUAAAAAGUUACAUCUUGCAGUCUCAGUGCAAUAUUCCUAGCAAUUCUACCCAAGUCAGUUCUGUCUUUAUAACAAAAUGCACAAUAGAAUUGUAAAUUCUUAUCACAUUCAACCUUUGCUGUGGUGUGCAUUUUUCAACCUGAAUUUACACAUCACUUUAAUAAGAAGCCAAAUAGCCUGGUUCUCUGGCAGAUUAUUAUUUCUUAGAUCUGACGGAGACCCGUCUCAUUUUAGUGCAGCGUAAAUUCAUGUUGAAAUAUGAGCACUUGUCAAAAGUUGGUAGCACUGCUUUACAUGUCAAACAUUGGAAGACAUUAUAACACAUUAACAAAUGACUGUACAAAUAUUGAGAAUUUUUAAAAGGUUGUAUUUAACUGGCUGUAAUCUCGGCCUGCCGGAAUCAUGUCAAGGUCUCCAUCUUGAACUUAUUUUAUCUAAACAAAUUUUUCAGGAUUCAUUUUUAAAUCAAAUUUUUUUUUGGUCUCUUCAUGCUCUCUAUACAAUUUUUGUUAUCUUUGAUUGUAAAUGUUUGAGGAUGGAAGAUGUGUUAGUAAAAUGAUAAUAUGCUCCUGAUUUAGUGUAUUUGCUACAUUGUUUUGUUGUCUAUGAUUGUAAAUGUUUGAGGAUGGAAGACUGCUGUGUUAGUAAGAUGAUAAUAUGCUCCUGAUUUAACGUAUUUGCUAUAUUGUUUUGUUGUCUAUGAUUGUAAAUGUUUGAGGAUGUCGCAGUUGUCAUUCCUAGUUUGUCCUUUUUAACAACACGUUCUGAGAUUUAUCAUUCAUUGGAGUUUCACAGAUGUUUUGUUUUUUGGUGUCGGUUGAGCCAAAAAACAUUUUAAUUAACCUGAGUGUGCCAUUACAAAAUGACUUUAAUAUUGUAACUGUUUGCAUGUCCUCAUUCAACUCAUUCAUGUGCUUAUAAAGAGAUGUCAUUUUGUUGCAAUGAUUAAAUUUAUUGGAAUUUGCCUUAAAACGUUUUUUUUUAAAAUUGCAUUAUUAUUUAGACAGAGCAGGUGGGGACAGUGUGUUUAGUAAAUGAUGUUCAAUAUAAAAUGCUGUAUUUGCAGAUCAAAGUUAAUUAUGCUGUAAUGAGAAUGCUAUAAGAAAUCAGGGCUUUUGAGUAUUAACAGUUUUUAUGGCACCUUAGGUCUCAGUUAUAGGGUUAUUAUGUUGGAUUGAAAGUGUUUUUACAAUACUCGGAGAAAAAUGUUAAAAUUGCCUGUCAAAUUUUGUUAAAAUUUCUGAAUGAAUAUUAUUAAUUGCUACUUGGUUUAACCUAAACAAAAAUUUAAUAGUACUCCACAUUUCUGAUAUAAAAAUUUUCAUGAGAUCAUUUUAUUUAUUUUUUAAAAGAUUUUGCUAUUUUGUGCUCAUAGCAACCUCAAUGCUGGUUUUUUGACACAGUGUGUUGCCAGACCUGACCCAAAGACAUAAGCUUUUAGUUCACUUUUAAGGAUGAUGUGUUCCUAUGCCUGUGAUUGUGAUGUGUGUCUAUGAGACUAUGGCAUUCACUUUGCCCCAUUCAGAUCAUGUACAUGAGGGGAAGAGUAUUCUUAUGUAAAGUGAUGACCUGUGUUUCCAGUGUUGAUAAAUGGCUUGUAUCCACUACUGCUGCUGCUCUGGUUCAAUGGACCGAUGAUAACAUGACUGUAAGAAUAAAUGAUGCUAGACGAUGCUUCUCUUUGG